AUGGGUGUCCGAACUCGACGUGCCGCCAAAUUCUCGCAAGAGAACGGGUCCCCGCUGUCCGUGGCCACCUCUGCGGACGAAUCCUCAGGCAGUUUGCCCAACGGCAAGGCCAAGGGGAAGGGCAAGAAGAAGAUGAACAACAUAGAGCAGCGGAGAAAGGGCGCCGUGAAAGCAGACUCGACCACCGCCGCCGAUAGCCUCAUGGCGCACGAAUCCUUCAACCUCGACGAGCCGGUCCCCAAGACGCCCUCGCUGAACAACCAUGGGUUCCUCGACCUGCCCAGGCACGACCAGAGGAACUUUGGGCUGCUUGUGCUGCUGUACUUCCUACAAGGUGUGCCGCUGGGCCUGGCGACAGGAUCUGUUCCGUUCCUGCUGAAGAGCCAUAUGUCCUACGCCGAGAUUGGUAUUUUCAGUCUGGCCUCGUACCCAUACUCCCUCAAGCUACUAUGGAGCCCUAUCGUGGAUGCUAUCUGGAGCCCAAAGGUCGGCCGAAGAAAGAGUUGGAUUCUGCCCAUCCAGCUCCUGUCUGGCAUGGGGAUGCUGUGGCUGGGCUCCGAGGUCGAGGACAUGAUGGCAAUGGUUGGCAAAGAGAACGGCCCGACCGUGUGGAACUUUACGGGGUGGUGGUUUUUCCUCGUCCUUAUGUGCGCCACCCAGGAUAUCGCUGUCGACGGGUGGGCUCUCACGCUCCUGACCCCUGGCAAUGUCUCCUACGCCUCUACGGCACAGACUGUCGGCCUGACAGCCGGCCAGUUUCUUUCCUACACCGUUUUCUUGGCCUUCAACUCAAAGGAUUUCGCCAACCGAUACUUUCGCGCCGAGCCCCUGGACUCCGGCCUCAUCAGCCUCGGCGGAUACUUGAACUUUGCGGGCUGGCUCUACAUCAUCGUCACCAUCGGCCUGGCCACCCUGAAGAGGGAAGAGAGGACCAGGAACGAGGAUGGCAUUUGGGAUGUCUACAAGAUCAUGUGGGGCGUGCUUAAGCUCAAGAGCGUCCAGACCAUAAUGAUUGUCCAUCUUAUUGCCAAGAUCGGGUUCCAGGCGAACGACGGUGUCACCAACCUGAAACUUCUGGACAAGGGCUUCGGCACGGACAACAUGGCUCUGACGGUCCUGAUCGACUUCCCCUUCGAGAUUGGCCUGGGCUACUACGCCGGUGUAUGGUCGCAAAAGUACACGCCGAUGCGACUUUGGUCCUGGGGCUUCAUGGGCCGCUUGGUAGCUGCUGUCUUUGCGCAGUUCACAGUCAUCAUUUUCCCAGAGCAGGGCGUCACUUUCUGGUAUCUGCUGGUGGUCAUUGCCGAGCACAUCUUCUCCACGUUCAUGAACACCAUCAUGUUUGUGGCUGUGUCAGCCUUCCAUGCCAGGAUAGCGGAUCCAGUCAUUGGCGGCACCUAUAUGACUCUCCUUGCGACCAUUUCCAACCUGGGCGGCACACUGCCACGGUACUUUGUCCUCCGACUUGUGGACGAGCUCACCAGCGCCACAUGUCACCCUCCCACUUCGAUCUCUGACACAGCUGCCAACGUUAAAGGCCCGCUUGUUACCCAGCCAUUCUCUUGCUCUGUCCAGGCCGACAAGGAAAGGUGCAUCAACGGCGGCGGAACCUGCGAGAUGAUCCGCGAUGGGUACUACUUAGUCAACAUCAUGUGUGUUGUCGUUGGUCUCGUGACAUUUGUUCUGUAUAUCAGGCCCAAGGUCCUGCAUUUGCAGAGCUUGCCGAUGAGAGCAUGGAGGCUGUCGGCAGUUGGCAAGUAG